CUGCAAGGUGACAGGUGAGAAAUCAUUGGAACACAAAACGACCAUGGCGGCCAAGCUCCGUUCCCCCACCGCCACCUGCAACACCGCCACCGUCGUCCUCACCAUUGUCACCAUCACGGUGCUGCUCCUCGUCUCCACCGGCCACGCGCGGGGAACGCUGGCGGUGGCACCUCCGCCGCCGGAGGAGGAUGACCCGCCGCCGUGCAGGGGAUAUUUCGCGGAUCUGGAGGAGUGUGCCAAGUGGUGCAACGAGCAAGGCUUCUACGGAGGAGGCUUCAUCCACCUGCUCUGCUGCUGCGGCUCAAGAAUAGAACCUAGGCUACAAACUCCUCCAAGACCUGCAACUAUUUUCCUGUGA